CGAGAGAGAGAGAGAGAGAAAGGGGGGCGGGGAGGGCUGAAUCGCGCCGUGCCUGUGUGAGUGUGUUUCUUCUCCCCUAUUUGACAGCAUCGCAGGCGCACUUGAACCGCACUGAACAGUGAGAUGGAGACGGUACGUCGCGCUCCCCUCCAAUCUACCUGCUGACUGCAAUUAUCAUUCAGCGACCGUUAGCUUUGCGGGUAUAUCGCAAAGACCGUUAUUCGCUUCUGAAUCCUUGCCCUUUCUACGGGAGCGUAAAGAAAGGGAACAAUACCAAACCAACACAUCAUAUUAUAUUUUUAUAUUCCGGAAUUUUUUGGUUUGCAUGUGCUCUCGCUGCAUUUCUUCCCUUAAUUCCAACUGUACUCGUCUUUGGAAUGAGCUGUUUCUCUGCCAGCGUUGUUUCCAUUUCAGUAUGGGAACUGCCGUGUCCAAAAGGAAGAAUCUAAGAAACGAUGCGAUAUCUUCCGUGGCGGCAAAAGUUAGAGCAGCCAGAGCGUUUGGAGAGUACCUGUCCCACAAUCACCCGGAGAACCGCAACGGAUCAGAUCACCUGCUGUCUGACUCGUACCUCGGCCAGGAGUCAGACUCCCCGGACAACGGGCGAACCGAAACCAGCAGCCGCCGCCCAUCGAACCCCGCCCCAACGCCGGCAAUCGGCGAGCCGGGCCUGAGCAAGCCGCCGCAGGCCACGCCCACCGAUCGCCGCCUGUCUCUGGAGUGCGGGUUCCCCAGGCAGGGGCCGCAGCAGAGGGGCGGAGUCUACACCAUCACCGGGGAGGGGGGCAUGCUCGGGGGUCGGGGCAGCAAGGAGAGCCUGGAGCUGGAGGUGCUGAAGGCGGGGCGGGACCCGAGGCAGGCCCCGCCCCCUUCCUCUUCUUCCACCUCCCCGCUCCCGCAGCAACGGCAGCGGCACGGCGGGGGCGGGGCCGACGGCGGCGGGGGCGGCGGCGGGGGCGGGGCCAGCGCCCAUCACCACGGUAACCAUCACCACAGCAGCCACCACCACCACCACCACCACCACGGGCACCAGCCCUCCCAGCCCCUGCAGAGCUCGGUCAGCGCCCACAACAUCCGGGGCUGGGGCGAGGGCGACGGCAAGGAGGGGGCGGGCUCCCGGGACGACUGCAGCCUGGGCUGCGACGCCUGUGCCAGCGGGGCCUCCUCCCAAAGCCAGCGCUCCCUGGACCUGGAGAGCACCUCGCGCGACGCAGGCAAGCAGCGGGAGGGGGGGUUAGAGAGGAUGGGCAGUGUGGAGCAGGGGGUGGGGUUAGAGAGGAGGGCCAAUGACGGCAGCUGGUUCCCCAAGGAGAACAUGUUCAGCUUUCAGACGGCCACCACCACCAUGCAGGCGAUUUCGAACUUCCGGAAGCACCUGAGGAUGGUGGGAAGCCGCAGGAUCAAAGCGCAGACGUUUGCAGAUCGCAGAGGGAAGAGUUUCAGCCGCUCAUGGAGUGACCCUACCCCCGUCAAGCCUGACUCUCUACACGACCCCAGAGACAGUGGGGACCUGCAGUCGUCCUGCGGGACCCUGGAUGAGGGGGUGUGCGACGACACCCUGGACUGGGAGGAGGAGAGGGAGCUGGAGAGGGUGGCCUGCGAAGGGGACGACUUCAUCCCCCCUAAAAUCAUGCUCAUCUCCUCCAAGGUUCCGAAGGCGGAGUACAUCCCCAACAUCAUCCGCAGAGACGACCCCUCCGUCAUCCCCAUAUUAUACGAUCAUGAGCACGCCACCUUCGAUGACAUCCUCGAGGAAAUUGAAAAGAAGCUCACGGCCUACAGGAGAGGCUGCAAGAUCUGGAAAAUGCUCAUCUUCUGUCAGGGUGGACCUGGGCACCUGUACCUGCUGAAGAACAAGGUGGCCACUUUUGCCAAGGUGGAGAAGGAGGAAGACAUGAGCCAGUGUUUGAGGAGGCUCAGCAGGUUCAUGAGUAAGGUGAAUCCGGACCCCAACCUCAUCCACAUCAUGGGCUGCUAUGUGUUGGGAAACCCCAAUGGAGAGAAGCGUAUUAAAGUGGCGUUCUGCGCCACACCGGAAGAUUGCCGAAUUUCACUCCGGUCGCCGACGGCAACUCACACACUGGAGCUGUCUGCGCAGGGUAAAGAGAUGAUCGAGAUGUACUUCGACUUCCGCCUCUUCCGCCUGUGGAAGACUCGCCAGCAUUCCAAGCUCUUCGACUACGACGACCUUGUGUGACCACGCCCAUGUCCGGCCCUCUCCCCGUCACCCAUAGCAACGCGCCGCGACCCCCUGCGCAACCCCUUCGUCCCGAAGCCCGUCGUCGCGGAGAUGCUCCCGAAACGAAAAGGACUGCAGGGGGGCUGG